AUGGUAUUCGAAACUUCAACUUUAUCAACUUCUGAAAUUAAAUCAACUAUUCAAUCAAUUACUAAUCAUCACAAUGACCUUAAAGUACAAGUCAAUGGUGAAUGUUUAAAGAAUUCUUUAAACAUUCCAGUUGGACUUGCUCAACCAACCACUCCACCAUCUUCACCAAUGCCAUCGCCAUUUAUCAACUCGGCAUCGACCACUCCACUCGUGUCACCACUUGCAUCCAUGUCAGUGUCGGACAGUCACUCGCCAUUAUCGCCAUUGAACAACUCGUCGAAUAUGGCCACUGCCAUUGUCGGCAUUGAACCAAUCAGUGCCCCACACUGCAAGUCGCAAAAGGAUAUCAUGAAGUUGUACGAAUCCAAGGUUCCCGAAAAGGCCUUUUUGACCAACGUCUACAACAAUUGCAAGAUCCGUCAACGUCACUUUUUCUAUGAUAUUGCCGAUUUGUCAAUCACCGAGGCCAAGACUGGCGAGAGAAACCAAAUGUUUGCCAAGGCCAUCACCGCCACCAUUGUCGAGGCUGCCGAACGUGUCAUUAAAAACACUGGUAUCGAUCGUUCCCAAAUCAGCCAUGUUGUCGGUGUCACCUCGACCGGCAUGCUUGCUCCAUCCAUUGACGCCACGCUCAUUCGCGAGCUCGACCUCCCCGAUCUUGCUGGUCGCACCAUGAUCAAUUUUAUGGGUUGCGGUGCCGCUGUCAUUGGCUUGCGUACCGCCUAUGUCCACGCUCGUGCCCGUCCCAACACCUAUGUCCUCAUGGUCUGCGUCGAAGCCAGCUCGAUCAACAUGGAUAUUGACUGGUCCAACCGUAGCCAUCUCGUCAGCAGCUGCAUCUUUAGUGACGGUGCCGUCGCCGCCCUCGUGUCGACCCAACCACGUGACCAACUCCAAGGCCGCAUCGAAAUCGUCGACGAGAUGAGCAAGCUCAUGAAGGACUCCAUGUCUGCCCUCCACAUGCAUGUCGGUGACCGCGGUAUCGACCUCACUCUUCGUCCUGAGCUCGCCUCGUGCAUCACCCGUAACAUCAAGCCUGCCGUCACCACGUUCCUCGCCAACCACAAGCUCACCCUCCAAGACAUCCACUUUUGGGCCGUCCAUCCAGGUGGUCGUCGUAUUCUCGAGUCUGUCCAAGAAGGUCUCGAACUCCCCAUCGAAGAGUUGGCCGACUCGUACGACAUUAUGAAAUGGUAUGGUAACAUGGUCUCUUGCUCGGCUCUCUUUGUCCUCAAACGCAUCAUGAACCGUAUCAAGUCAAUGGAAGAGGAAUCUUCAAACAAUGGUCACUCCUCCACUGCCAUCAUGGAUAAUGGUAUGAUCAUGGCAUUCUCUCCAGGUGCAUCUAUUGAAGCAAUGUUAUUAAAGUUAAUUCAUUAA